AUGUUUCUCUCCAGUCCGAUCGGGGGAGAAGAAGACGUGCAACGGAGAAACGAGAACGACACCCGAGACCAGCUGAAAGCUCGGGCGCUCGAUGCCCAUGUCGGAUACUGGUCUCAGUUCCGGGAAAGUAUCAGCAUGAACGCUUUGGCGAGGGAUUCGGUCUGGGCUGGGACGACGCAUAUGCUUUUUUUCAGAAGAGCGGCGGAGUGGGGCGGCCGGUUUCUGAGCUCGGGUUUGUCGGCGCUUGGGCCAGAACGAGAACGCAUGAUCAUGGAUCAGGUUACUGGGAGUUUCAGCAUGGGUUCAACCAAGGUGUUCUGGCUGCUAAAGAGGAUCUUCGCGCCAAUUUCUGUCGUUAAGUCCAUGGUGGUCUGGCAUUGUAGGAUGUAAUAACAGCUCGUGCGCGGACAUACAAGUACAACAAUUACGCGUUCAUUCGUUCUUGAACGUAGAUUAAGUCUCCCAAGGCGAGGCAGGCCGUCAAUGUGGUCCGCAGCGUCCGUAUUUAUCCCGCGGCCAAGUCUGGCGGCGACGCAAUUCCGGAAGCCGUGUCCGUCUUUUUCAUAGCGUCUGAUGGUGCAAGUGGACAUGGAUAUUUAGCGUCGUCAUCCAUCUUCAUCCAUCCGAGUCGUCCAAAAGUCAUCAUAGUUUGCGAGUUCGUCCUCGAUCAAAGCAGAAUGUUGCCGAUCAAGCUCUGUUUCGCUCGGUCUUGC